GGCGCUGCCUCAAACCACCGUCUCUACGUCACUUCCUAUGCGCGUUAACGCCAUCAAUAGGAGGCGCGACUUUGUCCGAGAAACUUCCUGGAGUGAGCAUAUAGGCGUAUUGUGCGUCCUGAUCGAAGAGGAAACGGGUGCUACGUUAUGUUUUACCAUAUCUCACUGGAGCAUGAAAUUCUCCUGCAUCCUAGAUAUUUUGGUCCCAACCUCCUCAACACGGUCAAACAGAAACUAUUUACAGAGGUAGAGGGCACAUGCACUGGCAAGUAUGGUUUUGUGAUUGCAGUCACCACAAUUGACAACAUUGGUGCAGGAGUGAUCCAGCCUGGAAGAGGCUUUGUCCUGUACCCAGUCAAGUACAAGGCUAUUGUCUUCCGUCCCUUUAAGGGUGAGGUUGUAGAUGCUGUAGUGACCCAAGUCAACAAGGUUGGAUUGUUUACAGAAAUUGGGCCAAUGGCCUGCUUCAUUUCCAGACAUUCAAUCCCGUCUGAAAUGGAAUUUGACCCAAACUCUAACCCUCCAUGUUAUAAGACUGUAGAUGAGGACAUAGUCAUCCAGCAAGAAGAUGAGAUUCGGCUGAAAAUUGUUGGAACAAGAGUGGAUAAAAAUGAUAUUUUUGCCAUCGGCUCUUUAAUGGACGAUUACCUUGGUCUUGUCAGUUAGCAAGAUAUUUCUUCCCUCCAAGCCUGGAUUUUGGAUAUUUAUAUUUGUUUUCAGUGUGGUUUCACUUAGGACGAUGUGCUUUUAUGUGGUGGAACAUCAUCAAAUGACUAUGUGCACACUAAUAAAUGAAAUGGUUAGAUGUA